UACUUCGUACGUACUUUUUAAGAAGUUUUAAUAAAUUUUCCAGACUUCGGGAUUCUCUGUCAUGUUCUCAUCAAAUUUGUAAGGUAUUGAAGUUUUCUUGCACGGUAGUUAUUCGCACACCUGGUGGGCUUCUAGAAGUCGACACAGGAUGUCCGGUGCAGCUAAGAGUUUGGUGGUCCUAGUAACCGGAGGGGCAUCCGGCUUGGGAAGUGCGUGCAUUUCGCGCUUCGCUCGUCAAGGAGCAAAAGUUGUCAUUGCGGAUCUUCCAUCUUCCAAGGGCCAGGAACAGGCAGCUACGCUGGGAAAAUGUGCACUCUUCACGCCGAUUGAUGUGACUUCGGAAAAAGAUGUGACGGCAUGUCUCGAGCAGACGGAAAAGGCUUUCGGAGGCUUGGACGUAUGCAUCAACUGUGCAGGCAUUGCCGUUGCAUAUAAGACCUACAAUUUUAAUAAAAGUUUUGCUCAUAAAUUGGAGGACUUCACAAAAGUGUUAAUGGUGAACACUGUCGGUACGUUCAACGUGAGCCGCUUAGCAGCCGGCUUAAUAGGGAAGAAUCAGCCGGAUAGUGACGGAUAUCGUGGUGUGAUUAUCAACACUUCCAGCGUUGCAGCAUACGAGGGCCAAGUGGGCCAGGUGGCUUAUGCGACAAGCAAAGCAGCCAUUGCUGGAAUGACGCUGCCAAUGGCCAGAGAUUUAUCAAAUCAGGGCAUCCGAGUGGUUUCCAUUGCCCCAGGUUUGUUUGAUACGCCGUUGUUGCGUGCCUUACCGGAAAAAGUAAGAACAUUCUUGGCAUCUACUAUCCCUUUUCCACAACGAUUGGGCAAUCCCGACGAGUAUGCGCAGCUGGCGCAGUCGAUUGUGGAAAAUAAGUUCAUGAACGGAGAGAUUGUUAGGAUUGAUGGUGGUUUACGUAUGCAACCGUAAGGAAUCUUAUGUUUGCUAAAUUUUUGGAUCUUGUUUUAUUGUUUUAGCUUCAUUUGUUGGCUUUUAGCGUUUACUGCGAAAAUACUAUAAAGGGCAAACCGAGAAGAUGAUAAAAAAACGUAAUUCA